AUUGCAUUGACGGUGAAAAUGUUGACUCGGGAGGCGACGAUGAUAGCGGCAAUAAUGACGCUGAGUCCGAAAACUACGAUUCUGACGAUAAACCUUCCAAAUCCACCAAGAAUCAGAAAAAACAUAUUUCCUCUAAUGUCUAUGAAUCUGAAUGUGCCAUACCUCGCAAAACAAGACAAGGAGACAGGAACAAAAAUGAUCGCAUAAAUAUGGAAAAAGACGAGCUGGAGUCAGAUGAGGAAACAGAUAAAUCGCGUUCCAAUGCGCUCUGGGCUGACUUUUUAAGCGACGUUAGGACAGAGAAACAAAAAUGUGUUUCUGAAGCCUCAAAUUGCUGCAGACUUCUUCAACUUGACCGCAGAGAACCCAAUCAGUUAACGCAGCCUGACGACGUUUGUAUGUUCCUUCAAUAUCACCAUUUCAUUAAUGUUGUUUUAUCUUUCAGUUAUUUAGAGCGGCAGGACUUUUUACAGAGAACCGAUUUGCGACAAUUUGAAAUUGAGAAAAACUUACGUCAAACGCGCCGGCAAAACUAA